AUUUUCUUUGCCCGAUUUGGGAAACCUAAAUUUAGUUUUCGCAGUUCAGACACAGAGAGAAGAAAAAGAUGCACGAUUUCUGCUUCACGAUCCCUUACGGUCUAAUUCUGGUGGUAGGAGGACUGGUUGGGUAUGUCAAGAAAGGAAGCGUGGCGUCGUUGGGUGGGGGAGUGGGCACUGGUUUGGUUCUCGUCUUAGGGUAUUUGAGUCUCAAGGCUUUUGGGAGGCGAAAGAACUCUUACCUUGCUUUGGUCAUCGAAACUGUUUGUGCAGCAGCACUGAUGUUCAUCAUGGGACAGCGUUAUGUGCAAACCUCUAAGAUUAUGCCUGCUGCUAUUAUUGCUGGGAUAAGUGCUCUUAUGACAGGGUUUUAUGUGUACAAAAUUGCAACUGGUGGCAACCACAUUCCAGCCAAGGCAGAGUGAUGGCAUCGAGGAUUUUGUAUGCCACUAAUUUCAACAGCUGUAUUGAGAUAUAGAAACUCUGAUGUUUGUAUUUGGAAGCUUUUAAUUUCUUGGACAAAUUUGUACCAGCAUGUUAUGCCCUUACUAGUUCUGUAUGAAGAAACAAAUUGCAUGUCAUUUUAAGUGAAAGAAAUAGUAAACCUGUUUCUUA